AUGUCCAACCAAAAUACUAUACCUCGCCCCGAUUUCGAUCUUUCAAACGCCGGCCGUGGCGUUUGGUUGGUAAAAGUGCCCAAGUACAUCGCUCAAAGAUGGGAGAAAACACCCGCCAACAUUGAGGCUGGUAAAUUAAGGAUCAACAAGUACAGAGGUCAGAAGCCGCAGAUUACCCUAGAUCUCUCGGAUGCGGUGUUGAAGCUGGAAGCGGAUAAAAUACCCACCUCUCAUAUACUGGAUGUGUCGUCUGUCACGAAACAAACUCUGGGAGCAUUUUCUCACGUGGAAGGAAGUACUCCGGACAAAGAAGACGCAGCCCCACAGCCCGAUAAACUUUGCAUGGAGGGUCGAUUCGUACAGAAGCUCGAGUGUCGACCGCAGGCGGACGAUUGCUACAUGAAGAUGAAACUCGAAUCAAUCCGAAAGGCUGCUCAGCCGGCCCGGCAAACCAAAGCGCUCGAUCGAAUUGUUAAUAACUUCAAACCGGUCGCGGACCAUAAGCACAAUAUUGAGGAGAAGGCGCGUAAAAAGGCGGAAGGGAAGCACUUGCGCGAGGAUAAGAACAAGAUACUCGACAUUCUGUUCAAUGCCUUUGAAAAACAUCAAUACUAUAACAUCAAGGAUUUGGUUCAGAUUACGCGUCAGCCGAUUACUUAUCUCAAGGAAAUCCUGAAGGAAGUCUGUGAUUACAACAUGAAGAAUCCGCACAAAAAUAUGUGGGAAUUGAAAAGAGAGUAUCGCCACUACAAUGAUGAAGAGAAGAAAGAGAAUAUCAAUGAUUGUGAUGAUAGUGACUGAUGACGGUUACAAAAUACCUAGAAAUACCUAGAAAUAGUUUAUUUUGCUAAAGUAGAAUAUACCUUCAACAUUUUUAUUAAACAACUAGCUGACCCGGCAAACUUCA